GAUGAGCAUUUUCUAGUCCUCCGUUCCGUUGUGACUUGUUGCGAAAUCAUUCUCCAAGUCAACCAACAAAAAAAUGCCGGAGAGAAUCGUCGAUUGGUCCGAUCUUCCAAAGGAACUCCUGCCUUGCAUCGGCAAAAGCCUCAAAUCUAGCAGCGAAGUUCUCCGGUUUCGCAGCGUCUGUGCUUCAUGGCGAUCCUCCAUCCCUUCCUUCCGCGAGAUCUCUCCUUCUCUGCCUCUCCCUUUUCCCAGCCCAAUCGGCCAGGGAGGCGAGGCCUUUGUCUCGUUAACUACCUUCUAUCGUCUUGAGCUGGCACACGAGAAUCCAAAUCCUUCUAAAGGCUGGUUGAUCAGGGUCGAAGAGUCUGAACCUGGUAAACUACGUUUUCUGAACCCCCUUUCAGGCCGCCCUAUCAGUGCUCCCAAGGUGAUAAAUCUAUUGGAUUUUCGGGUCUUGGAGGUAAGCAAAGCAUAUAAAGUAGUAAAAUAUCCUAGUGGCAAAUCUUUUACUGCUGUGAACAAAGUGGUGCUUUUCCCCAACUCUGCGUGGACUCGUGCUGAGGACUGUGUGGUAUUCGUUAUAUAUCUAGAUGGAAAAUUGGGUUACGCUAAAUAUGGAGAUGAGAGAUGGACCCUUGUAGAUAAGCAAUAUUCUCAUUAUGAUGACAUUAUUGUAUAUAAGGGGCAGUUCUAUGUUAUUGACAGAUUGGGAACAGUUUCCUGGAUUGAUUCAUCGUUGAAGUUGAUACAGUUUUCGCCCCCAUUGUGUGGCUUGGGUUGCCAGAAGUAUUUGGUGGAGUCGUGCGGAGAACUCUAUGUUCUUGAUAGAUACUUUGAUGGAGAGCCGAGUCCAAGAAGAUACCGUGAUGAGAACAUCUUUGCUAAUCUCCUUGGCUCUAAUGUCUACCCUAGGACAAUUGAUUUCAAAGUCUAUAAGCUGGACCAAGAGUGGGGUACUUGGGUUUUAGUGAAGAACUUGGGCGAUACGAUGUUCAUCUUGGUUGACGACUGUUCCUUCUCUGUUUCAGCUCGAGAAUUCCCUGGUUCUAAAGGAAAUUGCAUUUACUUCACUGAUGAAAAUGACUUUUUUGUCUUCAACUUGGGGGAUGGUAGUUUUAGCAAGACCAAAUAUUUCCCAGACUUUUCUCAUAUAUUUCGGCCACCGCCAUCUUGGCGCCACCCAAAUUCGAGUUCCUCCAAAUGCUGAGUGUAAGCUGCCUUGUAACACUUAAAUCUGAUAUUUAAUGUUGUUAGAUUACUAAUUACUUCUGUAUGGGAUAGUCUCAGUAGAGAUCAACUUCUCUAUGAUGUUGUGCCCUUUAUGAAUUCAGUUUGAUUUGCGACAUCUCUUGAUCUUUCUCCACCUGUGUCGCUUAGCUCGUCAGAGGUGUUGAUUAUCUCAUUGAACCCAUGUUUUCAAUGGAAUGUCUGAAAUUCCCACAUAUGGACAUGGCCUAUAGACUAUUUGUAACGUACAGCAGAUAAUAUGAUGAUUAGAGAGAUUAUUGUUGGCAUCCUUUUCGCCAUUUGGCAAGGUCCUGGCAGACUUUCCCUUCUAGGAGAAGUUGAAAUUGAUUGAUGAAUCAUAUAACACUAAACACUUGGGAUGACACUAUAUAAGCUUUGAUCUUUCAUUUUUUAUAGAGGACUGUUGUGGAUAAUGUUCAUUGCAGUUGAUGAAGAUUAAGGUUGCUCUCAGUUUAGACGAUAACAGGAUUAGGAUGAAGAUGUGUUAGAUCAAGAUUAGUUUAUAUCUUCUGUUUUUUUCUUUGCAAGCCUGCUCAAGGAAUUCAAGAGAAUAGGAACCAAGUGUUGGAAGUGGAAUUGUGCAAAGAAUUCUGCAUUCUUUUGGUCGCUAGGAAACCAAAUUUGUUCCUUUUAUGUAGUAUUUCUUAGCUUUGAUCUAUACCGGUGAGCUGUUAAGGAAGGUAAAGCCAUUGUAACAUACCAUCAAAAAAGACAAUUUAUUUUCAGCUAUAUCAUGGGAAUGUUUCUGG